CACCACCUGGCAUCAUCCAUCAGCCCUGCGGUUCGGCCCUAUGCGUGGGGACCCCUGAGACGUCACUGCACGCGUCAGACACAGGGCAGCAACCUUCCCCAUUACGCCCAAAAACCGCGCGUCCAUCAUGGUGUCGCGUCGCAACAAAACGCUCGCAUCCCUGUCACUCUGCCUGGCAGUAUGGGCCUGGAGUGCAUCGGCAGCAGCUGUAAAGGGCGAGACGGCCGCUGUCGACGUGGGCUCGCUGACUUCCCCGCAAAUUGAGGAGCAGUUGCAGAACUGCUCCCUCGUCCAGGCUCUCAAUGCCCAUAAAGUCGCUUCAAGUCCCUCCGGGUCAAGCCUGACGUCCAAGAUCUUCGCUUUCUUGUUCCCUGGCAGCCCCGCUGUCAACGCACUCCUCGCGACGCUGUAUAUCUCUGGGCCGCCCAAUUUCUUGCUCGCAUUAUGCCCGCCCAACAUCGAUCCCUCGUCGCUGUCCGUCAUGGUAGCCUUUGCCGUCGGCGGGUUGCUGGGCGACACUCUCUUCCAUUUGCUGCCUGAGAUCUUCCUCGGCGAGGAUCCGCACGAUACAGUCAAGUUUGUUAUGGUGGAACCAAACAAGAACCUGCUCUUGGGGGUCGCAAUCAUGGCGGGGUUCAUCACGUUCGUGGCCAUGGACAAGGGGUUGAGGAUCGCGACAGGCGGAGAGGGCGGCCACGACCAUUCUCACGGCCAUGCUCACGACAAGAUUGAACCGAGCGCCAUUGCCACAGGAGCUGAGCUGAAAGACUCAAACGACGGUGUCCGCGCCCGCAAGCCUGCUGCUGACCUCGCUGCUCCCGCAGACACUGCCGCUGAGCAGAAGAAAGAAAUCAACCCGAGUGUGAAGCUCGGUGGCUACCUCAACCUGAUCGCUGACUUCACCCACAACAUCACCGAUGGCUUAGCAAUGAGCUCUUCCUUCUACGCGUCCCCCACCAUCGGCGCGACCACAACCGUCGCCGUCUUCUUCCACGAGAUACCCCACGAGGUCGGUGACUUCGCGCUGCUCAUCCAGUCUGGCUUCAGCAAGCGAGCUGCCAUGGGAGCACAGUUCGUCACAGCUCUGGGCGCGCUGCUCGGAACUUGCAUCGGUAUCGCCGUGCAGGAGCUUGGUGGGAAUUCUUCUUCUAGCUCAGAAGGACCAGGACUGUUUGGCACAAGCUUGAGGUGGGGAGACAUGCUGCUGCCGUUUACUGCUGGCACAUUUCUUUACGUUGGGACAGUGGCCGUCAUUCCGGAGCUUCUGGAGACUGGCCCUAACAAGGGCCAAGAGCUCAGAAAGACACUCACGCAGUUUGCGGCCAUGUUUACUGGUGCGGGCAUUAUGCUUGCCAUCUCCUGGUCUUGAGUCAUGACCCUCAAUUUGAGACGUAAUGCGAUCUAGACAUUACGGAUGGACCAACACUUCAUUCGUCCAGUCUUCAAACGACUAAGACCUAUUUGAAUACACAGAAUUCCAUUGCCGGCGUAGCAUUAGCAUUGGGCGAUCGUCAUAGAAGAUAGACCUUCACACUUCGAGUUGUACAUAGAUCCAACUCACUCUUGGCUGCUACAAAUAUCACGUUGGGAUUGAAAGACAGUUUAUGGGACGCACAGCCUGGACGCGUCUCGUCUGUCUCCUGACUCGUUCAGCAACAACAAGCUUCAAUGCGCAGUAUUAUUUUUCGAAAAGGGCGUGAUCUCAUAGGAAUUUCUGGAUGGCAUCGUCCACGAUAUUACGCCGUUGUCGCGAACUAUUGCAUAUGGACGUAGCAAGUCACAG